UGUUCAGCUACAGAAGUGAGACAGACAGCAUUUAUUAUUAUUGAUAUUAUUAUUCUUUUCAAAAGAAUUUGAAGCAAAUAUGAAGAACUAAAGGUUCAUUUUAAUUAUUUCACUAAUUUGUCAAAUCCCCCCAGAACAUCUGACAAGUGUUGUUGACAUCUGUGUCUCUUCGCUUUACUUUCCUGGAGGAAGUUCCUGUGGGGCGUCACAGACGGUGGCUGUCAUUGAUCUGUGACGCUGUUUCAUAUCCGGUGGUAAUUCCCAGUUUAUUUUGGUGGAAGGAUGAAGUGAUAUCUCCAGUCUGAGGAUUUGGUGUGAACCAUGCCUGCCAUAGUCAACCUGCUCUUCAACGUGGUCUCCACCAACACCACCAUCUCCUUCACUGUGGUUCUGCCCAUGGUCAGCCUGCUCUCUCUUCUGGUGGGGGUCGGAGGUCACUUCCUGCUGUGGCUGGUACUGAUCAGGAACCGUCGCAGCCGCUCUAAGCCCAGCUCCGUCCUGCUCCUGAACCUCAGCCUGGCAGAUCUGGGCGUUCUGUUGACUCUGCCCUGUGUGCUGCUGAGUGCUAGUUUUCAGAACUGGCAGCUCGGAGACGAGAUCUGUGUCCUUCUGGGGUUCCUGACCUCAGUGACGGUGGGCGUGGAGAUCUUCAGCCUGGCGCUGUUGUCGGUGCUGAGGUAUCAUAUUGUUGCCCCGAAGAUCAGGCCCCCGGUGUCGUCGCUGACGGCCAUUCUGCUGGUGUGUCUGGCCCCGUGUUGGAACCCACCGCUCUACUUCCUCUUGUCACGGCCGGCAAUGCGUCAGCUCAGAGCUCUGCUGCCCUCUGUUUUUCAUAAGCGGUUAGAACAUAAUCGUCUGCGACGCUGGCGUAUCGGUCCUGCUCCCCCUGCUGGACUGGCACAAACGUAG